UGUGUUGUGUUUAUCGCGUCAAUUUGUCGCUCCGCGAGUCUCGCGCACUUUCGGUGGCUCGCGGUCAUAGUGAGGUGUACCAUCUAUAAAAUCACCUGCACUUGGCGCGCGGAUAUCCAGUAAGGUGUGGAAUCUCCUGUCGAUAUCAUCUCUCCAGAACUGUGCCUCUUUUCUCUACCUGUGAUUAUCUGUGUGCCUCAAAUCCACCAAUUCUUGGACUGUUGUCCACCAAGACUUUCUGGUGCAGAGUGUGUUCAAAGUUUGAAGUGAAAGACAAAUUUUUGGAGAUUUCUGGAAUAAAGUGUUUUUUACCUGGGCUCAUAAAAUCAAUUAGUUUACGGAUUUAUAUCGAAACUGUGUCAGCACAAUGUUGAACGUGCUAAAAGUGUUUGUGGCAUUAGUGUUGAUCGUGAAAUGUACAAACAGCCAGACCAGCCCAUUUCCUCUGCAAUUCACGGGUCCCGGUGAUCACUUGCGAACAAGGGUCCCACCCACAGAGGCCCAAUUCCGUGUGGUGUACGAAUGGCGAGUGAUUGACUUUGCCUUUCCGCUGGAGCAAUUGAGGCUCACAGCGAUCUACAAUCAUGACUACAUCCCUCAGAAUAAUCUCAUCUCAGACGUUAAAGCCUUCGCCAACAGACUGUACGUCACGAUGCCAAGGAUGCUGCCUGGAGUUCCUGCGACACUGGGAUGGAUAGUAGUCCCAGAUAACAAUGGCAGAACAGACCCAGAAGUCGAACCCUUCCCUUCGUGGGCCAUGAAUGAACGUGGCAACUGUUCAGCCAUGCAAUUUGUCCAGGGAAUCGCAAUUGAUGCUUACGGAAUCCUCUGGGCAGUGGAUUCUGGGCGCACUGAGACUCUGGCUCCCGGUCCAGCUUCUGUGAUCUGCGGCCCAAAGCUGUGGAUGUUUGAUCUGAGACGGAAUGGAUCCCUGGUACAUCGAUAUGAUUUCCCUGAUGAAGUAGUUUCACGGGGAUCAAACUACCUCAAUAAGAUUGUUAUAGAUGACGCAUUUGGAGGAUAUGCCUACAUCACGGACAAUUCAGGAGCUGACCCGGGAAUUGUUGUGUUCUCCAGGAAGUUGAAUACUUCUUGGAAGGUCAGGGAGAAUAAUUCCAUGAGGGCUGCUCAGAAUGCUGUACAAUUUGCGGUAAAUGGAACGAAUCUGGGAUUUGCAAUUCAUAUCGAUGGGAUUGCCCUGGGACCUUACUUCAAUCCAAAUGUUGUUGGGGACAAUUUGAAUAGGCAGCCCAUACACUAUGAUGAGAAUUUCGAGAGGAAUGUUUACUAUAGUCCACUGUCCAGUUACCAUUUGUACUCAAUCCCUGCAAGUGUUCUCAGGAAUCCAGAUUUUGCCAGGACAGCAAAUCCGAGACAGGUGAUGGCUGCAGUUACUGAUCAUGGAAUUAAAUCAUCGCAGACUGAUGGCAUGAUCAUGGACAAUGAGGGAAAUCUUUUCUUUGGACUGCUCAAGGAUCAUGCAAUUGCCCGGUGGAACUCCUAUACGCCCUUUACUCCUCAGCACCAGAAAAUUGUAGCCAGGGAUCCCUACUUUAUCCAAUGGACAGAUGGAAUGACCUUCGAUUCCGAAGGACAUCUCUACGUCGUUGUUAAUCGAUUGCACAACUUCGUUGCCGGAAGACUGGAUACAAAUGAUGUCAACUUCCGGAUAUUGCGGGCAACAACAGGCACCCAGAGCUACGUAAACACCGCCGCAGUGAUCAAUUCUGCCGUCACGGACAAUGGCAUCUCCAUCCCAGACGGCAUCUACGAGACAACGGGAUUCGGCGGAUUCCCAACGACAACGCCUCAAUUCAGUGGAUUAGGCAGCGACAGGAGGUACUUCUACAACAAUUCUGCCUCUGACAUCACCUCAAAGAUUCCAUUCCUCCUAACAACCCUCUUCACAUGCCUCCUUCUCAGGCGAUAGAACCCAAUCCCCAAUUCAUUCCAUCCUCAAUUUCCCCUACAGAGCUUUAAUAAAGUUACCACUCAACAUCGAAUCCCAGAAUCUUACACCUAGUCGUCCAGUCUUUCUUUUUUUGUAUUAUUAUUUUGCGCGUAUCAAAUCUUUUGUGUAUUAGACGAUGGAGUGUAGAAAAAAGCGGAGCAAUUCUCAUGAAAAUAAAAAUUUUCAAUGGAUACCA